AUGGACGAGCCGCUUGGGUUUACAGAGGUAGAAACAUUGAUGGGAGCAUCCUCACAAUCGCAGCUUCAGGCUUCACAUGGGAGCUCUUCUAGUUUGACUUAUGCUGACCCAACCGAGACAGUAAGCUCGCACAAAGAAGCUCGUGAAAAGAAUGUUACUGUAGCUAUUCCUGGAGUUGCGUCCUCUCAAGUGGAAAUACUGCCAAAUUUGCCGGAGCAACAACCUCACUUGGAUAAUAAGCUCAUCAACUCAUUCCGUGAGGCUACUAAAAGGCGACUCGAGUUGACACAACCUACCUUAAUUUCUGCAACGGGGGUGUAA